AUGCGCUGGCCCUCGGCACGACCCAGCAGCCUGCGCCACCUCUGCGCUGCGCCCCGUCCGCUCGGGCCACCACCGGCUCACACGACCGAGCCCCAGCAGGCUGUGCUGACUGUCCCUUCCCGGCAGGGCCCAGCCUUCCGCCUCCCCUGUUGUGGCGUCGUGUCCCCAGGCAUACAGAACGCAGGGCGUGGGCUGGAGAUGCGUGCGCAGGCUGCAUGGUGCUUCCCUGGCACUGCCAGUCGGGGACGACAGGAUGCACGGUUCUCGGUGGCCGUCCACCCGCCGGCUGCUCCGCUUCUGGCGGCUUUCAGCAGGCGCUCCGCGACGUUCCCCGCACGGAAUGUCUGCUCAGCAGUUUCAGAGCGCAACCCCGUUUUACCCCCCGACCUGUACCUGCAGCCGGCCCAGCGGGGUGGGCUCGCUGCGUCACCAGGGCAGCUCGGGACUAGCGUCAGCCCGCAGGGACUGUCAGGAGUUCCGGCUCCUAAUUUGGGGGUGGGGGGGUGGCUGGUGCGUUCCCUUGUGGACUGUUCCGCCUCCAUUCCUCACGCAUGUGUGAAGCAGGUACUCAGCCCCCGACCGACCGACCGGGACCUCACGGCCUGUCCCCUGCCUUCCUUCCAGGUGCAGUCAAAGAAGCAGGAGCCCCUGCCGCCCGCCGCCAGCCACAGCCUCCCCGCCUUCUACUUCCCCCGAGGCCGGCCGCAGGGCGCCGUGAACAUCGACGCCGUCAUCGCCAGGAUCGAGGGCACCUUCGCCCAGUUCCCGCACGAGCGGGCCACCAUGGAGGACAUGGGCCGCGUGGCCAAGGCCUGCGGCUGCCCGCUGUACUGGAAGGCACCUCUCUUCUGCGGGGCCGGGGGAGAGCGCACGGGCUCGGUGUCGGUGCACAAGUUCGUCGCCAUGUGGAGAAAGGUCCUGCAGAACUGCCACGACGACGCUGCCAGGUUCGUCCAUCUGCUCAUGAACCCUGGCUGCAACUACCUGGUGCAGGAGGACUUCAUCCCCUUCCUGCAGGACGUGGUGAACACCCACCCCGGCCUGGCUUUCCUGAAGGAGGCGUCUGAGUUCCAUUCCCGCUACAUCACUACCGUCAUCCAGAGGAUCUUCUACACGGUGAACAGGUCCUGGUCCGGCCGGAUCACCUGUGCCGAGCUCCGCAGAAGCUCAUUCCUGCAGAACGUGGCGCUGCUGGAGGAGGAGGCCGACAUCAACCAGCUGACGGAGUUCUUCUCCUACGAGCACUUCUAUGUCAUCUACUGCAAGUUCUGGGAGCUGGACACGGACCACGACCUCCUCAUCGACCCGCAGGACCUGGCCCGCCACAACGACCACGCCAUCUCCACCAAGAUGAUCGACAGGAUCUUCUCGGGAGCUGUGACGCGAGGCAGGAAAGUCCAGAAGGAGGGGAGGAUCAGCUACGCCGACUUUGUCUGGUUCCUCAUCUCCGAGGAAGACAAGAGAACCCCGACCAGCAUCGAGUACUGGUUCCGCUGCAUGGACCUGGACGGGGACGGGGCGCUGUCCAUGUUCGAGCUGGAGUACUUCUACGAGGAGCAGUGCCGCCGGCUGGACAGCAUGGCCAUCGAGGCGCUGCCCUUCGAGGACUGCCUGUGCCAGAUGCUGGACCUGGUGAAGCCCCAGAGCGAGGGGAAGAUCACGCUGCACGACCUGAAGAGAUGCAAGAUGGCCAACGUCUUCUUCGACACCUUCUUCAACAUCGAGAAGUACCUGGAGCAUGAGCAGAAGGAGCAGGCGUCCCUGCUGAGGGAGAGCGAGACCGAGGGCCCCGAGCUGUCGGACUGGGAGAAGUACGCCGCGGAGGAGUACGACAUCCUGGUGGCCGAGGAGGCUGCGGGCGAGCCCUGGGAGGACGGGUACGAGGCCGAGCUGAGCCCCGUGGACCAGAAGCUGAGCGCGCUGCGGUCCCCGCUGGCCCAGAGGCCCUUCUUCGAGGCGCCGUCCGCGCUGGGCCCCGUCGACCUGUACGAGUACGAGAGUGGGGACGACCUGCAGCCCUCGUGACCCGCGGCCCCUGGGGACUGUCUGUGGCAGCCAGCCGGUGCAGCGGCUUCUGCAAAACAAACAGCUGUGUGAUGGUUGAGCUCUUUUACGGAAAAUGAAGUGCGUUUGUACGGAAUGAUACGUUUUAUUUAUUCAGCACGGGAGCUGGUCAGAGCUGGUCCUGGGAGCGUGUCCCCACCCGUCCUGCGGAGCCCGGCGCGUGUCCUCAAAGCCGGGCCUGGCGGGAAAGGACACGGGCGGCCCUGCUGCGCGGCCCUCGAGCCGAGGCGACGGGAGACGUGCCGCGUCCCGGGCGCCGCUCCACGCCGGAGGGGAACCGGUUUCUGCUCCGCGAGGAUCCGCCUCAGCCGUGGGACCUGCUCGGGCUUCGGGGCGUCGGCGGCUGUGUUCUCGUCCAGCCGCGAGUCAGAAGCUUCCGGGAGCCGCACGUCCGCCGGCACGGGCCCCGCGCCGGGCCCUUCGCGGCCACAGCCCCACGCAGGGGGAGGGCGCGACCCCGAUUAUCCGACCGUCUCCCCCUCAAUGUACAAAGUAUGUAAAGUUAGCUUUUAUUUGCUGUGUAGAGCAGUUUAAAAUGUUUUACGAGAUCACGUUUGUAUUUUCAAAUAAAUAAUUUAAGGAUUUUCA